CACGAUUGCAACAAACUUUAUGCAGGCGCUGGACGUCCGCAAAGGGUUCGCCAAGUACGGCGCUGACGUCUUCUUUGACGACAAGUGCAAGGUCACCAAAAUCGUGCGCGGGAGCAUCACGUACCGACCGGACGACGCAGAGUGGGAGUAUGUGAAGAUGUGCUUCCGCGGCAGUCUCCAGACCAAGGUCACGGCCAUCGACCACUUGCUGCUCGUACACUCGACGAUCGCAAACCACGUAACUGUCGUCCACCGGGAGCAGUUGCCGCCAACACACCCGCUCCGACGUCUUCUAAAGCCGUUCACAUUCCGGUCGGCGGCCAUCAACUAUGGCGCUGGGCGAGCACUCUUCUGGCCCCAAGGCAUGCUUCAGCGUGCAAUUGCGCUUACCACCAGAGGCAUGAAGCAAACAUGGGACAUCGGGCUCGGUAGCUUUGCGUACGAGCCGUUUCCCGCGAUGGUGGCACGCCAGCAAAUUGACACGAUGACGCUGCCGCUGCACGAAGACGGUAUCGACUACUGGUACAUUGUUUCUCGGUUCGUUUCGAGCUACCUCGCCCUCUACUACUCGGCAGAUGUCGAGGUGACUUCGGACGCCUCGGUGGUUGCCUUUUGGACGGUGCUGGACGCGGCGUUGCCGUUCGCGUUGCCGGCGCUCUCGCUCACCAGCUUGCAUGAGUUUGUGACGUACUUCAUCUUCAUGGUCUCGUCCAUGCACAACCACGUUGGCGCCAUCGCCGAGUACGUUUCGGAUCCGGCGUUUUGCCCGGCAGCGUGGGUCGAAGGCGAGCUUGCAGGCCGCCCUGGAACGUCUGUUCGACUAGCGCUUAUCAUGAUCAUCACCGGGUUUGACCAGCCGCAGAUCACCGAAGACUUUUCUCACGUGAUGCUGGACGACGCUGCCAUGAACGUCGCGCGGGCGUUCACGGCUGAUGUCAAGGCGCAGAUUCCCGUCGUCAACCAGCGAAAUGCCACCCGAGUCCAGCCAUUCCAGUCGUUCAACCCCAGCACGAUGGAGAUGGCUGUCGGCAUCUAGAGUUUACAAGUAAAUCAUAAUCUGGCCGUAAAUCAUUAUCUGUACUACUAAGUGAAAAGAUCUG